AUGGAGAAACUUUUAGAGGAGGGUCAUGUUUCCACUAACUGCCGAGAAGGGAUCCAGUUGGGAGCUAGUAGUACUGGUAAUUAUGGAGCUCCUAGUUUUUCAGGAAAUAUUCAGAGUAUUGCAGCUAGGAGGACUGCCGGUUUGCACGCUAUUAGCAACCAUGUAGACAAUCUUCAUCAGGCGUUUGAGGGUAAGGUUUUCCUAAAGGUUUCACCUACAAGAGGUGUCCAGCGUUUUGGAGUUCGAGGAAAGUUGAGUCCAAAAUUUAUUGGACCUUUUGAGAUCCUAAGGAGAGUCGGGGAAGUUUCUUAUGAGUUGGCUUUACCUCCAAGUUUAGCAAAAGUUCAUAAUGUGUUCCAUGUUUCACAGUUGAGGAAGUAUGUUCACGAUCCGUCUCAUGUUCUAGCUCACGAGCCACUUUUGAUUGAGGAGUCUUUGGUGUAUGAGGAACGACCAAUCAGGAUCUUAGAUACCCGAGUAAAAGAGUUGAGAAAUUCGAGGAUUCCAUUGGUCAAGGUUUUGUGGUCAAACCACGGGGUUGAAGAGGCGACUUGGGAAAAAGAGAUCGACAUGAGAGAGCGUUAUCCUAACCUUUUUGAAUCAAAUGAAGAUGGAGCUUGAUCUUAUCACUUCUUAAGCCAAUAAUCAUCAACUUUUGAAAAGUCAAGUAUUAUCUUUUGGAGCUUGGAUAUCAUUUUCUUUUGGGUAAUUGAAGAUCUACUUCUUUGAAGCUUGGAACCUUGAAGACUUUCUCUUUUGGAGCUUAUUUCCUUAAGUUCUUAUUAUCCUAUUAUUAUUCUCUUACUUGGUUUAGCACCACCUUCGGAGGAAAAUGGUACACAUUUUCUUAACUCUCUCGUUAUGUGAUAUUUAUUUAUGGUUA